GUAGUUCGCUAACAUCGAGAUUGACGUUUUCUUCGUUCACCAAUUCGCUAUUUCGCUAUACUAACCACUCACACACACAUCAUGCAUAUCAAGGAUCGGACAUUCAUAAUCACUGGCGGAGCCUCAGGUCUUGGUCUCGCGACCACGGAGGAUCUCCACAGCCAUGGCGGCUAUGUCGCUAUCUUGGAUUUAAACCCGGACAACGGAUCCAAAGUCGCAAAGCAACUUGGCGAGCGCGUACGGUUCUUCGAGGCCGACGUCACCGACUCUAAGCGUCAACAAGAAGUCAUCGAGGCUGUCGUACGAUGGACCAAGGAGACUGGCAAAGAAAUUGGUGGAAUCAUUCCCGCCGCUGGAGUUGGUCUGCCGGGCAAACUGAUCGAUCGCCACAACACUCCCAUUGACAUGGCAAAGCUGGACUUUGUCAUCGACAUCAAUCUCCGUGCCGUCCUCGACUUUCUCCGACUUUGUCUACCUCAUAUGACGACCGUCAAGCCGCUCGAUGGUGACGGCGAGCGUGGCGUCAUUAUCAUGGUAUCAUCUUCCGCAGCUUUCGACGGUCAACCCGGUCAACUUUCUUAUGCCGCUACCAAGGGUGCAAUUCGAAGCAUGACUCUCGUUUUGGCCCGAGACCUUGCUGUGCACGGCAUUCGAUGCGUGACCAUUGCGCCGGCCAUGUUCGAUACCGCCAUGACAGCCAAGAUGUCAGACAAAGUGCGCAGCAGUCUCGUGCGCAUGAUGGAAUUUCCAAAGCGACCGGGCCAGGCGCCCGAGUUUGCUCUAACGGUCAGGCAGGCCAUUGAGAAUACUUAUCUCAACGGUGAAUGUAUCAGAUUGGACGGAGGAACCAGGAUGCCUUCAAAAAUGUAAUUUCAAGCGCCUACUGUGGGGUAUCUCAUGCGAUUCAUCAAAAUCUCCGUUGAACGCCAUAUCCAUGCCUUUUACCGUGC